UUGGGGAUAAUCGCCGUCAUUGUGAUGUUAGCAAUGGAGGAUUGAGAAAAGUUUAUCAAAAUAUUUUGAUACUUUUGUUUUGUGAUUAUUGCCUUAAAAUGUUAUUUUGGGAUUUCUGGAAAUCGAAAUUUGGCUGAAGCGCGUGAAUAAAGGAUCAACAUGUCAGUGUACAAAAAAAUAAAGAUGUUGUCAGUACAGGACAACAAUCAACUGAUUGAAAAUGUGGAGCACUUAGAGAAGAUGGAAACCGGCGUCAAGGGCCGGAGACUAACAAGAGCAGAGAAGUCUAGGAUAGCAGCCCAAGGCCGGCGAGAUAAAGAGGCGGUAGAAAUGGCCAACCUGAUAGACUUGCUUCCCUAUGAACCCUCAGCCUUGAGUAAAAUGGACAAGAACUCAUUACUGGAACUCAUUCUGAAUUAUUUACGGAUGAAGCAAUACUUAGAAAAGGAAAUGGCCAAACUGUCUCUUCAGGACUCGGAGCCAACCACUGAGGAAAAAUCUCCAAUGCCAGUUGUGAAGAAAAAUGGUACACACCACCUUGUCCUCAAUGGUGUGGAGCAGUGUAAGGUGGAGGAGAGUCAGCUGAUGCUGGAGGCCAUGAAUGGAUUCCUGUUGCUGCUGGACCGCAAGAAGAAGAUCCUGUAUGUGUCUGAUGGAGUGGCCACGCACCUAGGCAUUGAUCAGGUUCAACUGCUGGGUAAAAAGGUGACCACGCUCAUCCACCCCAGUGAUAUACCAGAGCUAAAGAAACAGUUUAAUCUCAAACCAUGUGAAAUGCAUUGCUCUUGCCCUGUCAACAUGGAUAAUAGUGACAAGCACGUCCCACACCUGGAUGACAAUAGAGUGUUCUACCUCAGAAUGAAGUGUGUCUUAAAGAAAAACGGCAUUAGAACAAAGCAAUCGGGAUUUGUGCUAAUGCAAUGUUCUGGACGAUUGAAGAUGCGAGCGACUGCUAGCCGUGCCAACAGUUACUCUGUGGACGGACUGAUCUGCAUUUGCCGGCCCAUGCAGACCAACUCUGUGAUGGAGAUCCGUCUGGACGGCAGCAUGUUCAUCAGUCGCCACGACCUCGGCAUGAAGUUCACAUUCUGUGACCCAAGGAUUGCUACUUUAAUUGGAUAUGACCCCGAGGAGGUGAUUGGGAAGACAGCAUAUCAGUUUCAUAAUCCACUCGAUGCCAAAUUAGUUGGAGACUGCCACCAAAAAUUAAUUGUGAAAGGUUCAUCAGUGAGUAAUUACUAUCGCUUUAUUGGGAAAAAUUGCCAGUGGGUUUGGAUGCAAACAAGAGCAACCAUAAUUUACAACACCAGUAAUGUUCCACAGUACAUAGUCUGCAUGAAUUACAUCAUCAGUGAGGAGGAAGGGGAACAGUUCCUCAGGAUGCAGCAGGGUCACACUCUACAGUCUCUGGACGGGGUUCAGGCCAUAGAACCAGUCAAAAGCUCCAAGUCGGAGGACCAGCACAGUGACAAUGGCUACUGGAGCAGUAACAGUCCCUACUCAAGUCACCACCCCAGCCCGGGCUCCACAGACGGACCCACCGCAGGAUCCACAGAAAAUCUGUCAACUGGGAACGAGUUUCCAACUGGAGUGUUCCAACAAGUCGUGGACACGAUCAACUCGCACAGCAGCCCUCCAGAGGAAGUGCUGAAAAUCCUGGAAGAGAUUGAAAAAGAAGGGCGAAAGCGUUCACCAGGAAAUACUACUCCAUAUUCCAAAACCUUUACUGCAUGUGCUAUGGACACUGUGACACCGGGAAAUCAAACCCCAUCCUACCAAAACCUUCUGGACAGUGAGCCACAUUCCAUAAAAAGUAACCAUAUAGCUAACCUUCCAACAACAUCAGAACACAAUGCAAUUUGUGAAAAUAAUUCCACAGUUCCAACCCAUGGUUUAAUGAAUGUCCAAAUCGCUGCCCUUAAUUCGACAGACUUUGCACCUGGCUGUGCUGUGACAGAGGCCUUACCCCAGGAGAUAACAGACUUCUGUAUGCAGUACUGUAACUCUCUGGCAGACCAGCAAGCCCAACAAGUCCUCUCAGAACUUGGUCAAAAUAGUUUCGGGGCAGAGUUUGAACAAUUCGAAAGUGAGAGUGAAAUGAAUGGUAUGAACCACUGUGACCUGACUUUGAACACUCCAGAGUCAAUGAAUGGACAUGUGUCAGUGUCUAACACUGGCACCAUGUUGAACUUACCACAGGCAAUGACCUCCACUGCAUCAGUGCCCCCACCUCCACAGUACCCCCUCCAUGUUGGGAACCACAUUGCAGUGCCCAGUACCACCACUGGCUCCUAUCAAUACCCGAUGUCGCCCGAGUCCUGGAUCUCCUCCCCUAGCUCCUAUGUCUCUCACCAAUCCCCUAUGUCGUCUGCUUGUUCACCAAUGUCUUCUGUCUGUUCACCAAUGCAUGCCACUUCACCGUACCCCUGCAGUCCGCACAUGCAGGAAGUGUCCGGCUUUAUCAGCUCCGUAGUAACAAGUGCACCUUCAAACAUUCCACUCUCAAACGGCAACUUGAUGUCACCAGGCUCUCAAACAAAUGGAAUAAUAUCUCCAGCAUACAUGGGUCAACCUCUCCCCUCUCCUAGGAUGGUCAAUCGACAGAAUUCUCCUCCAACUCAGAGACAAACAAGGGAUACUAACAUGACUGAGUUAGAAAAAGUGCUGCGUGGGUGUUCCUCGAAUGCUAGCAUAUUUACCACAAAAAACAACUGUAAGGAAUCCCAGAAUUCCACGCUUCUACAGAAGAUGUUGACUGGUCAGUUAACUGGAGAGUCCUACCGUGCAAUGGAGAAACAAAGAAAGAAGACACGUCAUUAUCCAUUUUGAGUUUUCUGUCUUAGGUCAUAGAGUUGUUGUUAUUCAUGUGUUCAAUGAUGCUUCUGUGUCAACACAAACAAAUGGCUUCUCCUGUUGUAACAUUGACUGAAAACUAAAUCUUGCAUGGCGAAUGAAGCUUUCAUUUUGGUUGUUCUUGUAAAACUAAAGAAUUAAAUUGGCUCUUAUUGUUUGCUGGUAAAUGGUUAAUCCUUGUGUGUUCACUGUGUUGGUAAUGCUGUGUUUCAUCAUUUCCUAAAAUAAUCUUAAACUACACAGCAACUACCAGUAUAUUUUUCUGUUAGCUGUUAGUUAAACUCAGUCUUGGACAACUUUUAUUUGCCAAGCAAUAAUUUUAUUCACAGCAAUAUAACAAUACAAGAGUCAUUGUCUGCACACUAGAGGAGGCCUGAACCUGUGAGGGGGCUUAACUCUGUUGUAGUGUACAUCAAUUAUAGUUUGUUUUGGGACCUGCUCCCUGACUUAUGGAUUCUCCUUGUACAUAUGAUAUGAUCUCAAUACACAGGUUUUGGGCGUGACUAAGUGCAUGUGCAUGCUUUGUACAAUUCCUUAACUUUGUUAAUGGAAUUUGAACAUAAUAUUUUUACAGUAUGUGUGCAAAAAUGAUUUUAAUGAAAAUAUAGAUUGUAUAUUUUAAUAUAAACUACCUGUUGGCCUGUGAUUUAUUUUCCAUACCCUCUAUGGCACAAAUUGUUGACAUUCAUGUUAGAGAAUUUACAAUAUUUCAUCAGAUAUAUUUUAACAUUUACCUCACUGUAUAAACACAUUUGUUUUUCAUUUUUCCACUUUGCACACAAAGACUAGAGUUGUACCUAUAUUGUUUUAUUGGGUAGGGCUUUUGUGAUAGAUAUAAUAUUAUUGAACAGAAAAUAUACACGCUUCAUUAUGCAGCACCAGCAAUAUGUAGACUGUCUGAUCAACAAUUGAGCUACUAAUGGGGGAAUUUAGUAAAUUUGUUUACUUAAAACACCAGUUGUUUAUUAUAUUGAUUUGAUUUCUUAUUACCCUAAUUAAAUAAUCUGUAGAUUGAAUGGAGCCAUAAUGAAGAGCUUUGUGAUUUAUAAUACUCUUCUUAGUUCUAGUUUUGUUGUUAAAGAACUAUUCCCAUUGGUUGCUGGACUCCGUGACUUUUUAUUUUGUAAAAUGGCUAACAGAAAAAGUAUUUUGUGUUUUGAGAUUAUUCUUUAAAGAGCUUGAUACUCUGGUGAUCCUCAGAUUUUCUUGUUAAGUUUUAUUUUUUGAAAUAAGAUUCCUGCUGCUGAAUAAAAUGGGACAUCUUGUGAAUUCAUUCUUAUUGUAUAUAUACUAAUACAUAAUGCAAUAUUUCAUGAACAUAUUUCAUAUUUACCAUUGUAUAUUUUUUACAUUAUAUAUUCAAUACAUAUUUAUGUAUAUUCAUGUACGUACUCAUAAAAAGGCUGUGUUUUCUGACUGUUAUUUUUUAUCAUAAAUCAUUUGUAUACCUAUUUUUACUGAGUAGAAAAGCACUCAAAAUUGACGUGUCAUGGUCUUUAUUUCUAUUCAAACUUUUAAAAAAAAUUCAAGAUGAUUGUUAUUUAUUUUUAACACUGAUGACAAUAACAUCAUAUUCCAUAUAAAGGUCCCUAGUGACACUAUUUAUAGUAACACCUGUACCAUCUAUAAUAUUCCACUAAAUGGUGUCACCUAGUUGUUUCAUGCCUCAAUAAAUACCGUUUUAUGUUUCUUAGACACACCCCCUGUAAAUAUCAGUAUUUUUCAUUUCUUAGUCAUCAAGACAACAUAUUUUGAACCUCAGUGACCCUUAUACUAACUAAAGAGUAAAUGUGGAGAAUUUGAAAUGUUUAAAACAAUGUUCUUGAUGGGGAAAUUGUCGAUCUUUAUAACAAAAUCAUGUCCAUUACAGAGAAAAAAAUGACAACAUUUUUAUGGACAGGAGUACGGGGUGAUGGAAGAACUGUUUCUGUGUUGUCUGUCACCCCCUGUCCCUGGAGUUUCUGUGUGGGUCUUAGAGGGAGUCUGUGUGAGUCUUAGAGGGAGAGGUUGUACUCUGUGGUUAGUGCUUGUUCUGUUCACACCUUCUUUUUUUUGUUGCUCGUGUUUGACUUUUUAUGACAAUCGGUUGGCAACCUCUGCUAGUGCCUGGCUUUAUAUCAUUCCCUUGUAGGCUCAGAUGUUCUAACUUGUUUUAUGGUACUUCACCUGGACAUUAAUGUGAUUAUUUUUGUGAUUAAAAUUAGAAGAAAACUUA